AUGGAUGACAGAGGAGAAAAGGCCGUCGAGAGCCAACGUGCGGCACGCGACGCAGAAGGCCAAAGACCUCCGUCCAGCCAUGAAAAAGAUGGAGUCGAACUCAACUCAAACCCCAACCCGCAGCUCUUCGUCGUGCAAGAUGACGGGCAGCCGCCAUCCGAAGAGAAGUCGGAUGCGGAAUCCGGGCGCGCGGUGACGCUCAUGGGAGAUGAGAUGUACCCCGAGGGCGGACUGGAAGCAUGGCUCGUUGUGUUCGGCUCAUGGUGCGGCCUGACGGCCUCACUCGGCUUGAUGAACACCAUUGCGAUUUUCCAGACGUACGUGUCGACCCAUCAGCUGCUGGGCUAUAGUGAGGGGUCGGUGGGCUGGAUAUUCUCCGUGUACACAGCGUUGUGCUUUUUCUGUGGCAUUUACAUCGGGCCAUUGUUCGACAAGUACGGGCCGCGGUGGCUCAUCGGCUCGGGAUCCGUCAUUGUCGUCGCCGGCGUUAUGAUUAUGAGUAUUUGUACCCAAUACUGGCACUUCAUGCUCUGCUUCGGCAUCUUAAACGGCGUGGGCAGCUCACUCCUCUUCACCCCGUCCAUUACCGCCGUGGGCCACUAUUUUCGCAAGCGGCGCGGCCUCGCCUCGGGCCUCGCCAGCACAGGCGGUGGCGUCGGCGGCGUCAUCUUCCCACUGAUGCUGCAGACGCUCUUCGAGCGCGUCGGCUGGGCCUGGGCCAUCCGCUCGCUGGGCUUCCUCUGCCUCUUCCUCCUCAUCUUCGCCAACCUGCUGAUAAAGAAGCGCCUGCCGCCGGCCAAGAACGCCAGCGCACACCCAGACUUCAAGAUCUUCAAAGAGAAGGCGUUUCUGCUGCUGACCAUCGGCGUCUUCAUGCUCGAGUUCGGCCUGUUCAUCCCGCUGGCGUACAUCUCGAGCUACGCGCUCGCUAGCGGUUUUGAUGAGACGUUCGCGUUCCAGAUCCUGCCGAUCCUCAACGCGGCGUCGGUGCUGGGCCGCGCGCUGCCGGGUUGGUGGGCCGACCGCAUCGGGCCGUUCAACACCAACAUGCUCUCUAUCGGCGUAACGAUAUUUGCCUGUUACGUGGUGUGGCUGCCUUUCGGGCGCACGAUGCCCGGGCUCGUCGUGUUCGCCGUGCUCUUCGGGUUCGCGACGGGCAAUAAUAUUAGUAUCACGCCCGUGUGCGUCGGCCGGCUGUGCCACACGCAGCACUACGGGCGGUACUACGCCACCUGCUACACGGUCGUGUCGGUCGCCUGCCUGAUCGGCAUCCCGGUCGGCGGCAGCAUCGUGGCGGCCGCCGGGGGCGACUACUGGGCGCUUAUUGUGUUUACGGGGCUCACGCAGGUCUUGUCUGUUGCGGCGAUAUAUGCGGCCAAGGGGGUUAGUGUGGGGUGGAAGCCGUGGACGAAUUUCUGA